GAUGCCUGUACCAAUGAUCCAUGUUACAAUGCUGGAACGUGUCAGCUUGAUCAUUCUCUAGGUUUCCGAUGCUUAUGUCCCCUUGGUAAAACUGGCACGCUUUGUGAAUGUGGUAAUAAUCCCUGUAAAAGUAUGCCAUGUCAUAAUGGAGCUACGUGUAUUAUGUUAGAUACUGUGAAUUAUCAAUGUUUGUGUCAAGACGGAUAUAGAGGUUUGAAUUGUGAAGAGUUAACAGAUCCAUGUGCCAGUCAGCCGUGUCAAUACGGUGGUACUUGUGAUCGGUUCCUGGAAGAAGAUACAUUCUAUUGUACUUGUCCUGACGGAAGAAUGGGGUUGAGGUGUGAGAAAGAAUAUGAUGGAGCUCCUUGUAACGUCAAUCCGUGUCAAAAUGGAGGCGUCUGUCAACCCAUGUUAAAUCAUGCUGACUGUAAAUGCCCUAGUAAUUUUAUGGGAGAAAAAUGCAAUAAAAGUAAGUGUUUAGUAAAAAUUAUAAAUGUAUGA